CUUGAAGGCCAGAGAAAACCCAAGAUGACUUCUCUCGCUUCUUGCAUAUUCUGUAAAAUUAUCAAAGGAGAAAUACCUUCGAUGAAACUGUUGGAAACAGAGACCGUUUACGCUUUCAUGGAUAUCGGUCCCAUUGCAAGAGGACAUUGUCUUGUCAUACCCAAAUACCACGCUGAAAAACUCACCGAUCUUCCAGAUGACCAAAUGGUCGAUAUUCUUCCCACAUGCAAGAAACUUGCCAAAGCGACGGGUUCGACAGACUACAAUAUCCUUCAAAACAACGGUAGACCAGCUCACCAAGUCGUAGAUCAUGUUCAUUUCCAUGUGAUUCCCAAACCUCAAGGAUCAAGUUCGGAAGCUGGUUUAGUGAUUGGUUGGCCGACUCAGAAGGAGCUCUCCCAAGACGAUAUCAAAGCUUCUUACGAGGAGAUCAAGUCGAAGCUGUGAAGUGAUCAUCGAAUGGGAUAAACUCAGUUCAGUUUAGUUCAGUUCAGUUCAGUACAGUACAGUUGCGAGAUGCAUCAUACACUCAGUCGGGCUGAGUCGAUCUGCUUGUU